AUGGAGGCGAGGAGCAGCGCAGCGCUCGUGGCCGUGGCCGUGGUAGCGCUGCUGGUGGUGCUCGUGCCCGAGACGUCCCGCGCGGAGCGGUUCAUCGUCGGCGACGCGGCGCGGUGGACGUGGGGGUACAACUACACGGACUGGGUCAUCAGGAAGGGACCAUUCUUCCAGAACGACACCCUGGUGUUCAUGUACGACCCACCGAACGCGACGGUGCACGCGCACAGCGUCUACCUGAUGCGCAACGCCGCGGACUACCAGUCGUGCAACCUCAAGGCGGCCAAGCUGGUGGCCAACGUCAUGCAGGGCGCCGGCACCGGAUUCGAGUUCGUGCUCAAGAAGCGCAAGCAGCACUACUUCGUGUGCGGCGAGCGCGGCGGCAUCCACUGCACCAUGGGGAACAUGAAGUUCGUCGUCAAGCCCAAGAGCUCCGCCUGCCGCGACGACUGA